AGGGGUCGAAGAUGUGGGCGAAAUUAUCGAUGAAUCAAUACCCCCCCUCCCCCAUGUUAUAAAAUCCCUACCCCCACCCCUUUCUACACAUCUUCCACCAAAGUCUCAUUUCUGUCUGCGUUUUUCAUUUCUUCCCUUUUUCUUCACUUAAUAUAUUGAAGCUGCAACCAUGACUGCCUACCGCGGAAAGUACGCUGAUGAGCUUAUUGCCAAUGCUUCAUACAUUGGUACCCCUGGGAAGGGUAUUCUUGCUGCUGAUGAAUCAACUGGAACAAUUGGCAAGCGUUUAUCGAGCAUCAAUGUUGAGAACAUUGAGGCUAACAGGAGGGCUCUACGUGAACUUCUUUUCUGCGCUCCUGGUGCCCUUCAAUACCUGAGUGGUGUGAUCCUUUUUGAGGAAACUCUGUACCAGAAAACUGCUGCAGGCAAGCCUUUCGUAGAUGUAUUGAAUGAGGGCGGUGUUCUUCCUGGUAUCAAGGUCGACAAGGGUACCGUUGAGCUUGCUGGAACCAAUGGUGAGACUACCACCCAAGGUCUUGAUGGCCUGGCCCAGCGUUGCCAACAAUACUAUGCUGCUGGUGCUCGUUUUGCUAAAUGGAGAGCUGUGCUGAAGAUUGGUGCCAAUGAGCCAUCAGCACUUGCUAUCAACGACAAUGCCAAUGGUCUGGCACGUUAUGCCAUCAUCUGCCAGGAGAAUGGCUUGGUACCAAUUGUUGAGCCCGAGAUCCUUGUGGAUGGCUCCCACGACAUCAACAAGUGUGCUGAGGUGACAGAGCGUGUUCUUGCUGCUUGCUACAAGGCCCUCAACGACCACCACGUACUGUUGGAGGGAACAUUGUUGAAGCCCAACAUGGUCACACCCGGCUCUGAUGCUCCCAAGGUUACCCCCGAGGUGGUUGCCGAGUACACCGUCCGUGCCUUGCAACGAACAAUGCCCCCUGCAGUCCCGGCUGUUGUCUUUUUGUCUGGUGGACAGAGUGAGGAAGAGGCCACCCGCAACCUCAACGCCAUGAACAAGCUGAAGGCAAAGAAGCCAUGGACCCUCUCUUUCUCGUUCGGACGUGCUCUACAGCAGAGCACCCUAAAGGCAUGGGCCGGCAAAGAGGAGAACGUCGGAAAGGCUCAGGCUGCAUUGCUUACAAGGUGCAAGGCCAACUCAGAAGCAACACUCGGAACCUACAAGGGUGACAGCGCUUUGGGCGAGGGUGCCGAUGAGAGCCUCCACGUUAAGGACUACAAGUACUAGGUUCAGUUUUUUGGCUUCCCUUAGAUUUUCUCGGUUGGAGGAGAGAGCAUAACUAGUUUGUUGACUUUAUGCAUUUUUAUGCUCAUUUUCAUAUCGCUACUCCUGUUUUAAUAAGUUUCGAGGAACUUCUUCCCUGGGGAUUGUUUGGUGGUUUUUUUGUACUUUUUAUCAACGGCUUCUUUAUGUUUGAACUAUGUUGCCAAUGUCUGGGCAAAAGCUUAUUUUACUUGUUAUUAUGGCUAAUAGAGAAAUUUGUGGAGUCUGAUUUUGAAA